AUGGCGGUUCAACCCACCAGCUUCAACGUACAUGGGGGGUCUUGGGAACGUAUGGUUCGGUCCGUAAAAUGUGCUUUAGCUGCGCUGUCUGUUGAGCGUAAGCCAAACGAAGAAACUUUGGUUACAUUGCUGGUCGAAGCAGAAUCUGUGGUGAACUCGAGGCCAUUGACCUACAUGCCCCUCGAGACUGAGGAACACGAGUCGCUAACGCCAAACUGUUUCCUCUUGUUAAGCACUAGCGGAGUGAAUCAACCUUCAUCCGAACUGAUCAACGAUAAGCUAUCAUUGCGUUCCAACUGGUUCUUAUAUCAGCGGCUCUUGGACCAGUUCUGGACGCGCUGGAUAAGGGAAUAUCUUCCCACCAUUACCAAACGAACCAAAUGGUUCGCAGACACCAAACCGGUGGAGGCCGGAGAUUUGGUGAUGAUCGUAGAUGACCGACUUCGGAAUGGGUGGAUCAGAGGUCGCAUUCUGCGAGUGUUCCCUGGCAGGGAUGGCAGAUGUCGAAGUGCCAACGUCAAAACAUCUACAGGCAUUCUACGGCGUCCAGUUGUGAAAUUGGCCGUCCUUGAAGUGGCGGAUACUGCUCGUGAGGACACGGAGCAAUACGGGUCGGGGAAUGUUCAGGACGGUACCCUAUCACCCAAAAAUUUCUCUGUGGGGCCAGAAGUACCAACUGAUGAGUGUCGACAACCGUCGCCGCAGAUAUGA